CAGCGAGAACAAACGAGCACUGACGAGCACAUGCAAUCAUGCAAAGCACAUGGCACAUGUAGGCACAUGCGAGCACGUGUGAAUAGUUCGGUCACGGAGAACCAACCGGAACCGACGAAGAUCUGACUGCAUAGCAGGCCGAGGUAGAUACGUUGUGAGUGAAUACGUGUGAGCAUGUGUGCAUGGUGAAGAGGAAUUCGAGCAUUGUUAUAGAAUAAAUCUAGAAUUUUCUCUCUGGGAGAAUGCCAGCCUACGAAGAGAAAUGUUUUCCUCGAGGGGGCAAAGAACGUCCGGAACUGAAGAAAUCUCCAAAAACUUCAAAACGAAAGAGCUGGUUAGUGGCUCCAACUACGGUUGCAGUUCCCGAAAAACAUGUUGAAUCCCCUAAAGAACUUGUUCCGAAACGUAAAAAGAAAGUACUUUCUCCUGAAAAUCAUGAUGCUGUUCUUGAGCAAUCAGAAGAUGCAACGCUCUCAGAAGGGGUUAUAAUCGUUGGAUAUGUAAGAGAAGUUACUACGGUUGAAUUGAAGGAACUUCAAGAGCUGACCGAUAUGUUUAAACCUGGCCAACUUGUUGUUACUAGAGUAGAAGAGAUUUGUGCUGUAAAGGGAAAGACAAAAGUGACCCUGUCACUUAUUCCGGGAAGAGUUAACAGAUCUGUGACUGUUCAUGACAUAAUGGAAGGUGUUGGUCAAGUUCUCAGGUGUUUUGUCACUAAAUGCAUUACUUCUGAAGGUUCUGCAAAUGUGGAAUUAACUGUAGAUCCUGAGAAAUUGUCACAGUAUUUUGAUGAAAAGAGUUAUGUACCUCAGAACUCAGGAAUUGUGGGAAAGUGUUUCCAGCUUUCAGUUCAAAAGGUUCAUCCAAAAGGUCUCAUGGUGAAAUUCGCACGCCACCAGUAUGGUUAUGUUCAUUCCAAUCACAUGAAUGGAGAUUUUAGAGAAAUGAAAAAAAAUGCAUUGCUUUUAGGAAGAGUGUUAUAUAUUGAACCAUUGGAUGACUAUGUUAUCUUUUCUGCUUUAAAAAGUGUGUGUGAUCCACACCCUCCUCCUCCUCCUUUUCAGGAAUUUAAAAAAGGAAGUAGGUUUUCAGAAGCAAGGGUGAUCAGCAAGAAAGGAAGAAACUUGCUGGUGGAAUUUGGGGAGAAUUUUAAUUACUAUGGCUUGGUGUCUGUACGUCAGUUAGAUAUUGCUGAAAAUAUACAGGAUAAAGCGUUUCUUAACCUGGUGAAAAAGAAAUAUCCUCCUGGUUCAUAUCAUGAAUGUAAAGUUCUUGAGUAUGAUUUUAUGGCUGAGAAGUACAUUUGCACUUUCAAAAGAUCCAUCAUAAAGCAAAAAUAUACAAGUAUAGAUGAGCUUUAUCCAGGUCUAGUUACAAAAUGUACUGUGCAGCGUUGUUCAGAUAAAAGAAUUACUUUGAAGCUGUAUGACAUUCGUGGGUUUGUGGAACCUAUUCAGUUCUCUGAUGUGCCUGACAGUGGCAUAUUGUUCACGAAGGGUCAAAAAGUGAAAGCAAAGGUCCUUACUGUGAAGAAUCCUAUUUGUGAAUUCACACUGAAACCCGCAUUAGUGAAUUCAAGUAAUCCUAUAUUGACAAAAUUUAGUGAUGGAAAAUGUGGUGUUCAGUAUGAGGGCAUUAUAGUAUUAGUCAAUGACAAAGGAGUGCUAGUAAAGUUUUAUGCUGAUUUUACAACUUUUGUCUCGAAACAACAUGUUGUUGGAGGCAUGGACAAGGACCUGAACAAGUUAUAUUAUGUUGGACAAGUUGUGAAAUGCAAGGUUUUAAAAGUAAUUGAUGAAGAACAAAAACUUAUUCUAAGUGUUCAACCUCUAAAAAAUCAAUCAAAUAAAAGUUGUUUGGUGUACCCCUUGGAAAUUGGAAAACUGUAUACUGUAAUUGUUAAAAAAAUUACGCAAGAUGGACUGAUUGUUCAAGAAGAAGUGGAAGGUGUAAUGGGUAUGCUACCAGCAUCACAGUUGACAGACAGUCCACAAAUUUCACAGUUGCUCAGUCAAUCGUACAAAGAAGGUGAGAAGUUGCAAGCCUUGUGCUUGAAUGGUGGGGAUCAAAUUAUGUUUUCUGCAAGCCCAACCUUCAAAAAAUAUUUGGAGGUGGAAACUGGCAUUAUGCUUCUUCAGGAUUUUAUGUUUUCUCAGAAACGAAUUCAUAAUUUUUGGAAAAGUGAGGGUAAUCCACUUGGAGAACUUCAAAUAGGUUCUCAAGUUGAAGGCACUGUUGUUGCUGUGACAACUAUUGGUGCUGUUGUUAACUUGAACAAUGGAGCGCGUGCUGUUGUGAUGCCUAUGCACAUUUCAAAAGAUUUGAACUUGGAAGUUCAUGUACACGUGAAAGGAACUGUAAUGUAUGUUGAUACUGUAAACCAGUGUGUUGAAAUAACAUUGUGGAAACAUGUCCAGGAAACCUUUUCAUCAGCUGAAACGAUCCUGGAUGUUGGAAAACACAAAAAGGGGAUUGUGUAUAUAUCAAGGCCAGAUGUUCUUGUUUGUGGUGUUAAGCAUUUCAGAACCUCCUAUAUUGUUUAUGUUCCUUCACGUUGGCAUAUCAAUGAUUUGCGUCCUACACCUUUCUUGCCGAUUGGUGUGGGUGAAAGUCUAACUAUUACAGAGUGCGAAACUGGCAUGUUAUUUGGUGUGCCUCGAAAAGUUGAACUUAUUGUCAAGAAAUGUAGACGAAAUGAAAGUGAUGCAGACAGUGCUGAGGAAGACGAUUCAGGGGAAGAAAAAAUUCAGCAUAGUUCAAAAGUGAAAGAGAAAGAUAAUAGAAAGAAAGAAGAGGAAGAUAGAAGUUUAGAAAACUGCACAGAUUUUAUAAGUAUUAAUUCUCGUGUUAGUGUUAAAAAUGUGCAAAAAUUAAUGGACAAUGGUACAGCAACCAAUGUAAAACAUAUCAAGAAAGGUGAGCAAAAACCACUCAUUGGUUUUGAUGAAUCGUUUAACUCAAGUGUGUCUGACAAUUUUUCUCAGCUUGGGGAAAAUGUUUCUAAGUUUCAAUAUGGCAGUAGUGUAAUAGCCGAACUGAAAAAGAAAAAAAAGAUAAAAGCAAAAUCUCAUGAAAAUAGUCUAAAUGAAAUGGAAAUGACAGAAGAUAGUACUGUAUCUACAAAUAAUGAAAAACUGACAGAUGUUAAAGUCAAAAGUAAGAAACAAAAGAGGAAAGCUGAGAAUGAUAAUUCACUGGUCCAAAAUGGGUUCCAUGUUACAUCUGAACUGGUGGAGGAAAAUCUUCAACAUGUUGAUUUCAUUAAAAAUGAGAGACUGAAUAAUUCCCUUGAAAUGAGUGUAAAUCAUUCUCAAACUGAAGUGUUGGUUCCUGAAAUUGAUGAAAAAGAUGUUUUUAUAACCAAAGAAUUUUGUGAUCAAAACAUUGAUUAUUUGACAGUAGAAAACAAAAAUAAAAAGCGAAAGGAAAAUGUUGCCAAUAAUAGAUCAUUGGUUGUAGAAGAAUCAUCUGAUUUUUCUCAAAAAGUUGAGGAAAAUCUUCAUGAACUUGUAAUAAAUAAUGAAAACAAAACACACAAAAGGAAGAGGAAGGCAUCUUUUGAGAAAAGUGAAAAUGAAAUUCUUUUAUCAAGAGAAAGUUUUGUUUCGGUGGAUGGAAAAAAAGAUUCUUCUAGAAAUAAUAUUGAGAAGAUUGAUAAUAAUUUACAAACAUCAGGUGGCAAUGAAUCUCUUCACAAAGAUGUCACAAAAAUUAAAAAUAAGAAACAAAAGAGAGAGUCUGUGGUCAAUCAAUCUUCAUUAGUAGAAAAGUCCAGUGAUUUGGCUUGCCGUGUUGAGGACAAUCUUGGUGAAUGUGUGAUAAACAAAAAUGCAAAUGAAUCGAACAUUAUGAAGAAGAAAAAGAAAACCAAGAAUUCCCUUUUGAAUCAUCAAAAUGAAGACAAGAACUCGUUAGUAAGCAAUAUUAAUUUGACCAAAGAAACAAAAAAUGCAAACGAAGAGAUAAAUGAAUGUCAUGAAAACAAGGGAUAUGAAAAGAAAAAGAAGAAAACGGAGAGUGAGAAAAAAUGUGAAGAUGUGAAACAGCCAUCAUUUCUUAAUGUGUGUGCAGGUUUUUUUUGGAAUGCCACUCCAGAUCAACUUCCUGCUGCAAAUAAAGUAAAGAAUGCUGAACCAGGUUCAAGUUCUGAAGAUGAAAGUGAAGUUACUAUGAAUAAAAAGAAAAAACAGCGUUUAAGUAUGGUAGAGAAAAGAGAAUUAGCACGACAGGAAGAGGAGAGACUACGAAAAGUUGAAGAGAGACUAAUGGAUGCAGAGAGAAAUCCUGUGUCUGCUGAUGAUUUUGAUCGGUUGGUUAUGGCGGCUCCAAAUGAUUCUAGGAAUUGGAUCAAGUACAUGGCAUACCACUUAGAAGCUACAGAAAUAGGAAAAGCUCGAGCUGUUGCAGAGCGUGCUUUGAAAACCAUUUCUUUUCGAGAAGAACAAGAAAAACUGAAUGUGUGGAUGGCGUUACUCAACCUAGAAAACUUGUACGGAACUCAAGAAAGUUUAGAGAAGACUCUUGAGGAGGCUGUACAAAUGAAUGACUCAUAUAAAAUACACAUGCAAGUUCUAAAUAUGUAUAGUACAACAAAAAAGUUAGAAGAACUAAACAAAAUGGUGCAGUUAGUCACAAAGAAAUACAAAAGUGAAGUAAAUACAUGGGUGGAGGCUGGUUUAGCAUGCAUUAAGUGCGGAGAGAUUGAAAAAUCUCGUCAGCUGAUGCAACGAGCCUUGACAGUUCUUGACAAGAAAUAUCAUGUGGAAGUUUUAACAAGAUUUGCUCGAAUGGAAAAUGAGUGGGGGGAGACAGAAAGAGCUGAAACUCUCAUGGAGAAUGUUUUAACUUCAUAUCCCAAAAGGAUUGAUGUCUGGAGUGUCUAUAUAGAUAUGCUUGUGAAAUCCAAGAAAUUUGAUAUAGCAAGGCAAGUAUUGGAUCGUGCUGUCAUUCAGAAACUUCCAGUUGCAAAGAUGAAGUUCUUAUUCAAGAAGUAUUUGUCUUUUGAGCAGACUCAUGGUACUCCAGAUCGAGUUGAGAAAAUACGAGAGAUGGCAAAAAAUUUUGUUGAAAAUUUGAAAACUGACAUUGAUUGAAAUGUUUAUUAGGGGUAUUUUGUACAAUUGAAGAAAAAUAUUACAGUAAUUAAGCUGUCUGUGAUUGAAAAACUUUUUGAAGAUAUUUGUAAUUCCAUGAUUUACAUUGAAAUAUAUUUUUGAAUUGCCGUAAUAAUAUACUAUGUAUGAUACUUUUGUGCAACUAUUUCAUUAUUUUUUUUAAUUCAUGAAUAGUAUUAUGCCUUUGUAUGUUCGUUCUUAUGUAAAUAAUAAAUUUUUUUAAACCUUG